CACUACAGCGCCCGCCAUGCCCAGCGCCGCCGCAGCCACAGCACAACCGCGUCUGUGGGGGGAGCCGCCGUCUCGCUUAAGGGGGCUCGGGGAGGCUGCUCGGAGCGUUCUUUUUAUAAAUAGGCUAAGGACAUUUGCUGCCAGGCCUGGGGAAUGUUCUGAAACUGUAAAUGCUGGAAUUAAAAGUCUGUAUUUGACGCCUGCUCUAAAACGGAAACCAAGGGUGUGCAUUGAGAGCAUGCCAUCAGAAAUGCUGCUGAAGAUAUUUUCAUAUUUGGAUGCUAUGUCCCUGUUGUCUGUCGGUUGUGUGAAUAAACUCUUCUAUGAUCUGGCUAAUGACAAUGGAAUUUGGCUGAAAAUCUAUUCCAGUUGUUUGCAGCCAAAAUGGACAACUUGGAAAAUGAAGUCUGAACAAACAGAAGCUGUUCCCUUGGGCUGUGCUGCUCUACAUGAUAAAAAGCCUGGAUACUGGAAAAAAGAAUACAUCUUGAAACAAACAGCUGCUGUCAAAACUAGAGUAAUGCGACUUGCUAAAGCUCUAGAUCCUUAUACAGGUCUUCCGUGUAAAAACAAAGUAGCUAUGAAACUCUCUGGCUUGAGCUGGAUAAUUGUUCUAAAGGACAAAAAUGGAAAAGAACAUGUAACGGAGAAGGCAAACCUGUCAUUUAAGCACACAUCUGUUACCAUACUUUGGUAUAGUACAAACUGGCCGUGCUUAGACGUCGUGUCAACCCUAAAACUAUUUGGAGUUACACCGUUGCUUCUUGACCAAAACAUGCCUCCCAACAAGAAUGGACCUCGACGACUUUCCUUAAUUGCUGAAUACCAUCUUGCUAACCUGACUGAAAGCAGUGUAGCAGUUGGUGCUGAUGGCCUUGUUCAGCUCUUCAGUGUGAAUCCAGGACUCUUAAUAGGAAUUUGGAAGGAGAAAAAUGAAAUUGCUUUUGUUAUGGUGAGUCUUCAUUAUCAUCAACUUCUUGAGAGGAGCAUUCUGGGUUCUGCUACUGUUCAAUAUGCCCCUCCACCUAAUAAACCUGUAUUGGAUGAUAUUGACCCAGAAUAUGGACUACAUGACUACAGUCUGCAUCUGGAAAUGCAUGGUAGAAGCUGCACCUACCUGCAUGGAACAUUCAGGAACCUCUUCUGCAGAAAAGGUGACAUUGCAAAUGGAUACUUGAGGCUCACAGUUGUAAGCUUAAAGGAUAAUAGGAAGCACUUGCCUCUUAUUGGGACACUUGGCUUAUCCUGGGAAACAGAUGUGUUUAAAGGCAAUGUAAAGCACAUGAGUUCUGUGAUGUCUCUGGCAGAAGAACAUCUGUGUGCUACUGCGAGCCCCUCUACUACACCCUCAAAAGAUGCUGAUGUCACACUUUCGAAUGAGAUCGUGUAAUGUUCUGGAGGGUCUACCUCAAAAUGUUAUGUAAGGUUUUAGAAUUUAAGGGCUAUUGAAAGUAACUUUCAAUAUCUGUACUUGCAAUGAAACACAAGUAGCAAAGUAAUACUUUAGUAGGUUCCUUUAUGUUUCCCUCCUCAAAAUUACGAUAACAAAGCAGUUCAACUUCAUACACUACAGGGUACUGAAUAUAUUGUGUAUUUUACUAAAAAUGACCAGAGAGAACAGUUCUGAUUUUGAUUUUUUUGGGGGGAUCACAGGCUUUGUCCUUUUUUUCCCACAUUAGAAGAAAAGUGGACUGUUUCGAUAAUAUUGUACAAUAAAAUUGCACAGAAGUUGCCCAUUUUUUCAAUUUUGAAAGGCCACGAUUUUCAUUUGAGCUGCUUUAGCUGGAAACUAAUCUCACCACAUCUUGGAUUUCUUCCAGGUGAAAACAUUGACCUAUUUCACUGGAAAUGUUCUAAUUAGUUCUUGUUCCAGCUUCAGUAUCCUUUAAAACGAGAACAAAGCAGCAAACUGCUAGCAAAUCUUAGCCAACAAAGAUACAGUGUGCAAAGGAUUAGACCCAAGGACCCUAAGAAGCAGGGGUGUAGGCAGGGUUUAGGCCAGAACCAGUUUAGCCUAGAAGUCCUGUUGGUUUGACCAAGGUAUUUGUCAGUUCUUCUUGGUUGCUUGUCUAGGAAUAUCCCCAAAAUCAAAGCACUGUGAUAUUAUUUAUUACUGAAAAUUCCUCAAUCUAUCACUGUUCUGCAUGGCUUCUUCACUUUAGAAGUGUUUCUGUUGACCUGAAGCCAGUGUGAAAAUACUUUCACAGCUGUUUUGCUUAAUAUGGUUUUAUUCAGAUUUUAAUGGUACAGAAGCUAUUUCAAUAUUAGAUACAAAACAUUAGGAAAUGUGAAUGAGACACUGAGUUUUGUGGUCAGAAAAUGGUUUUGUUCUUCCAAAAGAGACCAGCCUCAGAAGUAACCUUUUCUAUGUCUUUCAUUGUUUCUGCUUGCGAAAUAGUAACUGCUCCGUAAUAAGGAGUUCCUGUUCCUGUUUGAGGGGCAAACAUGAGGAAAAAAAUGAAGCCAUAUUUGCCCCCUCCACCUCUUACUUCCAAGUAAAUAGUUAUUCUUUUACUAGUGUUUUAACUAUUCUCCACAUGAAAGACAAGGGAAGAGGAGGGGUGAUAUUUGAAAAAAACACAGUUUGAAGGGUUUUUUUGUCUACAUUUUCCUGGCUUGUUGACUUCAUCUCUCUGCUGCAGAUGUCCUUGUAAGACUAGGAUAGAAGAUGAGAGAUGCUAUUUAGACUGCUAGAAGAGAAUGGACUAUUUUUAGGAUUUUCUUAAAGGAUGAUGGAUUUUUUUCACUGGGUAAAGGCCACGUAGGUGUUACUAUUCCCUUUCCACCAUUCACCAGGUGAAUCAGAGUCCAGCUAUGCAUUUCUGCAUAUGCCUGAACUAGUGGUGCUUGGGGGCUCUAAGAAUAAUUGUGAUGUAAUGAUGCACUGUGAAUGAGCUUUCCUGUGGCAUUAUUCAUUUUUUCCUGGAGGACAUCUUGAAGCUUUAUGAUUUUUUGGUGUCCUUUUUUACAUUAUUGCACUAACAAAAUGGAUGUAAAAAACGA